AUGGCAUCUCGACGAGAUGUUUAUUAUUUUGCAGAUCCACCGGAACCAGCUUUCCACGACGAUCGGCUUCUUCGACGGCCGGCUUUUCCUCGACUGCCAGCAACUUCUCGACCUUCGCCUACCCUCAUAAAUGAAAGAUUGGCUGACUAUGGACCUCAACUGAUCAAAGUAAUUGCGAUGAUGAAUGUUGAAAUAAUCUCAAAGGAAAUAAUUAAACCAUCAUCUCCAACACCCCGUGGCCUUAGAAACCACAAACUUUCCUUCCUAGACCAGAUUGUACCUGAUAUACACAUUCCUCUCAUUCUCUUUUAUCGUGCCAAGAAUGGCCUUGACGACGUUGAUCAUCUCCAAAGAUCUUCUCGUCUUAAAAAGUCCCUCCAACAAAUCCUCAAUCGCUUCUACCCUUUGGCUGGAACCGUCAUAGAAGAAAACACCGUCAAGUGCAACGAUGAGGGGGUCGAGUUUUAUGAAGCUCGAGUUGCGUGUAACUUAUCACAAGUUCUCCAACAAUUCAAUGCGGAAAACUUCAACAAAUUUCUACCAUCUCGAAAAAGAGAAGCUCUCGUAGCUGUCCAAUACAAUGCCUUCGAUUGUGGCGGAGUAGCCAUUGGUGUGUGCGUUUCACACAGGAUCGCAGAUGCCGCUUCAGCAGCGACAUUUAUUAACGCCUGGAGCGCUACAUCCCUUGGAGAUGUUGAACCUAUCUCUCCCAAAUUUGAUACGGCCACGUACUUCCCAUGGAAAGAUAUGUCUGAUUGCGAUCUUACCAUGCCGAAGUGCAACACCCUGACAAGAAGGUUGGUGUUUGACAAAUCAAGCAUAGCUGCUUUGAGAGAAAACGCUGUUUAUUCCUCAGCAGCGAAGCUCCCGACAUGUGUUGAGGCAGUUUCGGCGCUCAUAUGGAGACGUCUCAUGGCGAUAUCGAAAUCAGAACCAUUACCAGCAAGAGUGUGUGUGGCGGUUCAUGCAGUAAACUUACGCGAGAGGAUGGUUCCACCCAUGCCACCGCAUUCCUUUGGGAAUGUUUGUUACCUCACUUGUGCCGUACUAUCAUCGGACGAGGUUGAUUACAACAGUGUUCUGGCGGGGAAGCUAAACAGUGCAAUAAAAGGAAUCGACGGUGAUUAUGUGAAGCAACUACAGAGCGAUGAGCGGCCGGAGUCGCUUAAAAUGGCGGCGGAGCAGUUCUCGAAGGGUGACAUGGAGAUCUGUUUGUUUACAAGCUGGUGCAGAUUCCCUUUUUACGAGGCUGAUUUCGGGUGGGGGCAGCCCACUUGGGUGUGCUGUCCAAACAUGCCUUUCAAGAAUUUCGUAGUGUUGAUGAGUAGCAGAGAUGAAGAUGGAAUUGAGGCAUUUGUUAACAUAUUGGAGGAAGACGCUGUCGUAUUUGAUAGCGAUAAAGAACUCACACCAUUUGUUUCUGGGACAAUUGGUGGCUAACUGGCUGUUGAAUGCUCGUGCGUGCAUGAAUAAAAUUUAUUUAAUUAAUUAAUGAUUUUCUGAAUGAGUGAUAUCUGUUUAUGAUCACCUGCCGUGCGCGGAAUAAUGCUAGCAGGCAGCAGCAAUAUACUUCCUUGUAAGUUUGUUUGUUUGUUUGUUUUUUUUGAAUUUUGUGUAAGUUCUCUUAAUUGCACUUAAAAAAGCAUUAGAAAUUUUAUAUUUUUCUACGUUUGGUUG